AGAGUUUCACAUUUCUGUUCGAGCGGUGACCUGGAGUUGCAGUGCAUUUCAUGCUUUGGAGCACAUUAAUUUAUAAAUCUUAUAUGCAGCGUGACUUAGCUUAUGCUUUAUAGUCCUAGUUUAGUAUGUCCAACGAUCUUGUGUCACAGCAGUUAUCAAUACCAUACUGGAAAACGGGUCAUAUGGAAGCUUUUCCCGACAAACUGGACUCAUCAACAUUAGACAUGCGAAUGAUGGAAUUUUUGCCCACUAAUCCUGCAUCACACCAGGUUGCAGCAUCAGAACAGCAAAUUGGGCUGGUGGAACCAAUGCCAAAUAAUCCUGGGUCACAGAACCCAACAGAGUUGAGUAAGCCAAUGUGUCAACAGACUAAACCUGAGGUGGGCCAUCUGGGGUUACAGAAUUUAUCACUGCCAAACCAGCAAGUUGGAGAGAUGGGGGUCGUGUUGAAUAGUCCAGGUUCACAAAAGAUUUUGGUACCAAGUAAGCGGAAGGCUGAGGUGGAACCCAUGUUCAACAUAUUCAUGCCCCAGAAUCCAGCAUUGCCAAACAAACGGUUGGCACAAAUGUUACAUUCUCCUAAUUCCCCAGGGUUGGCACAGUCAUCUGCGCCUAGCAAAAAAACUGUUUCGAUGCAAUCCAUGUCCACUACACUGGUGCUAAAUUCACCUGCACCAAACACGAGAAUGAUACGAAAUGACUCUAAUUCCAGUAAAUCUGUUUCGCAGAGGAUACAGACUCCGAAAAGUCGAUCUUCACAAAUGCAACCAUCUGCAAACUUUUCUACUGAGUCAUUUGAGGCAGUUAGGUCCAAGAUGAGGGAAUCAUUAGCAGCUGCAUUGGCAUUGGUUUGUCAGCACCAAGAUAAAGAUCUAAAGGAAGAAAACAAUUCUCAGGGUGAAGCAGUCAUAUUUUCACAACAGACACAGGAGAAUUCUCAGUCUGCUGAAUUCACUUCCAAUCUGGCUAUUGCUGUUGACCAGGUAUCUGCAAACACAGUUGAUGCUUUGCCCUCCAAAGAAUAUUGUUCUGUUGAUAGACGGAAUGAUGUCCAAAACACACCUGUGGAAACUUCUGGUUGUGAAAUCAAGGGAAAUUCUACAGAGACCUAUAAUUUUGAUGGGCCACAGUUCCAGUACAAUUAUGUUUUGCCGGAUGAAGAUGCUUCGUUUAGUGACAAUUUCUUUGUCAAAGAUGAUCUUUUGCAGGGGAAUGGGCUUUCUUGGGCAUUUGAUUUUGAUAUGCAGGAGCCCAAAAAAGGGCAAGUUCCAACUGCUGAAAAACCUACCUCAGUACAUGAGGAUGGUGGUGGAGAUGCAGCCAAGCAGCAGUCCAUUCAAUCUCCUGAAAAUCUAGCUUUGAAAAUCGAAGUAGAACUCUUCAAGUUGUUUGGAGGUGUCAAUAAGAAGUACAAAGAGAAGGGUAGGUCUCUUUUGUUCAAUCUAAAAGAUCGGAAUAAUCCAGAACUGAGAGAAAGAGUUAUGGCUGGUGGGAUUUCCCCAGAGCGAUUGUGUUCAAUGUCAGCCGAAGAGCUUGCUUCAAAGGAGCUGUCUGAGUGGCGAAUGGCCAAAGCAGAAGAGCUUGCACAAAUGGUAGUUUUACCUGAUUCAGACGUUGAUAUUAGAUGGUUGUUGAAGAAAACACACAAGGGUGACUGUCAAAUAGAAGUUGAACAAGAUGAUAAUGUUUCGGUGGAUAUUUCCACGGGGACUUCUACACUCACUUCAAUUCGACCACAGAAAAAGGAAACAAAAGCUCGCCCCCCUUCCGAAGCUGAUGAAAUUAAAAACAAACAGAUUAUUGUAGGUGAGAAGAGUAGGUUAGAAAAUGAGGAGUUUUCAGGUAACCUUAUUAUUCCGAAUGAUGGGGCUGAUUUAAUGCAAGGGAUGAUAGUGGAUGAAUUGAAGGAUGUGGACUUUCUUCCUCAGAUUGUCUCUCUAGAUGAAUUUAUGGAAUCUCUUAAUUCUGAACCUCCUUUUGAGAAUUUGCCAGUAGAUGCUGGACAGGAAACUCCUCUAUCAGACAAGAAAAACUCAGAAACUGGCAACGAAUUUGUGGAUGCUACCAAUUCCCAAGAUCCUGUGGAUACUACCCUAGACAAGGCUGAUAAAGUGGAUGUGAAACAAACUGAGCUAGCUGUGGAUGUGAAAUCUGGUGAGAUCCCUGUUGAACGCAAAGUCUCCCCUUCUGGUUGCACAUCAAUGGCUGAACAUGUCUGGGAAGGUGUACUUCAGCUAAAUAUCUCGGCCUUGGUCACAGCCAUUGGCUUAUUUCGAGGUGGCGAGAAAACACCGACGAAAGAGUGGCCUAGCGCUCUUGAGAUGAAGGGGAGAGUCAGACUUGAUGCAUUUGGGAAAUUUCUUCAAGAGCUUCAUAUGUCUCGAAGUCGUGCAGUGAUGGUCCUUCACUUUUCUUUGAAGGAUGCAUCUUCCGAGAAUGAGCGUUCAACUAUUUAUGAGAUGGCGAAUUCAUAUGUUUCAGACGAGAGGUUGGGUUUUGCUGAGCCGACCCCGGGAGUCGAACUCUAUCUCUGCCCACCUCACAAUAGAAUAGUUGAUAUGAUCAGCAAGCAUAUAUCUAAAGACCAAAUAGAGAUACUUAAAUCUACAAACAAUGGCCUAAUUGGUGUAGUUGUAUGGAGAAAAGCUCAUUUAAGUUCCACAAUAUCACCCAACUCAUCUUCACUUCAUAAACGGGGCUCAAAAAAGCAACACUGCACCUCUAGAGGACACCAACAAAAAGAUAUCAAUGUUAAGGUUAACUUGACAUCAAAAGCUCAAACCUCGUUUCGACCACCUCCUACCGAUCCUGAACCCUCACCCGAUGACGACGAUAUUCCACCUGGGUUUGGCCCGGCAGCCUCCCGGGACGAGGAUGAUUUGCCGGAGUUCAACUUCUCUGGCAAGAUCAGCCCCUCUAUGCCUAAAUUUCCUCCCCAGGGGCCCGGAAAGACCCCUUUUCAACCAAAUGCCCAGGCCUCGUCCAGGCCCGUUAGCCAAAUUAGAGAGCUUAUACACAAGUACGGGCAAUCUGAAACCUGUGUCACACCCCCUAGGAAUUGGCAGGACGAAAGAGGUGUAGGCCUUGGGAUUCAACCAUGGAAUGAUGAUGAAGAUGACGAUGAUAUCCCCGAGUGGCGGCCCCAAGUCCCCAACCCCCCGUUUCAGCCACAACCCUCCAUGCAUAGGCAGCCCCAGCCCCACGGUGGUAAUGAACAUCUUGCAAUAGCAGCACCUCAGCAGAAAAUGAGGCCACUAGGAACACAAAUUGCUAUGCCUAUGCAUACUCCAAAUGUGGUGAAAGGUCUACAAAACAUUACACCAUCUAGGCAUCAAGGUGGUAGAUGGGUGCAACCAAAUGGUCCCCACGGCCUACAACUUAGUAGCUUAGAGAAUCGGCCCGGUGCAUGGCAGCACCAUGGGAUGCCUGCACUUAGAGCUGGUCAUCCAGCAACCAACUGGAGACAGGACACCCCCAGGAAUAGGGGUGGUUUCUGAUUUCCCUUCCAUGUAAAUUAUUAGCUUUUCUACUCUCUCUCUCUCUCU